CAAGUGAAGCGACAAAUGCGGGAUAAACUUUAACGCCUAAUCAUCUCCUUCACCGAACAGUCGCUCUCGAUUCUCUGGCUGCGGGCGAUCGCUUCCUUGUCAAAAGCCUUCUGACCCUUGAGAGCCAGUCAUCCGGAUGAACAUCGCGUUGAACUGGAAGAGGAACGUCUCUAAUUUGAGCAGAGCUCCUGGCAGCAGUGCUUGGGACGCUUGCUACUGGCACCCAUGGCAGAACCGAAGGGCAAGCGCCUGAAGACUUGCUUGCCUAGCUGUAACUCCCACCGGCCGCUGCCCGGCGCCCAGGUGAAGCAGAACUACCCGUUGGAAGUGGAGGAGUCAGUGUGCGGACUUAUCACCUUCUUCUACGAGGUGUCCUACAGGUUCCAGGCUCUGGCGGAGAUUUUUGAACAGGAUGAUGUUGCGCUGCCCAGAGUGGCUGGCUAUUUCCACAAGAUAACUGAAGAGGAGGAGCAAAACGCACAAACCUUACUCGACUAUCAAGCGGAUCGCGGAGGACACUACUGCCCCAAAGAUAUUCAGAAACCCCACACCCUGAUGGUGCGCAACCUUCUCCAGGCACUGGAGAUCGCCCUCGACCAGUGGAAAAACGCCGCCUCCUUCCUGGAGGAACUCUGCACGCUAAGCAAAACCCAGGAGGACCCUCACACCGCCAGCUUCAUCAGGAAACGCCUACUCGUCCCCAAAGUUCAACAGAUCAAGGUGACCGGUGACCUCCUCACCAACGCCAAGCGCCUGGGCUGCACAGAUGGUGGAGAGAGCAGCUUCGGCGAGUACCUGAUAGACCAUCUCCAGGAGGAGCUGAGAACCGCAGUCUGAAAUAUCCCUCGGCCUUGCUCCACCUCCAAAUACCAACGAUUGGGACAUCUCCAGUAUCAACGUGUCGAGUUUCAAAACACAUUUCCCUCCCUUUCCUAGAUGAAUGGAUUUUGAGAUGCAAAUGAUAUUCUUAACCCUACGCUAUAAGGUUCACUUAAGAGCAAUGAAAUGGGUAAAUCAGUAUGGAUAUCAGUGUUUGUUCCACAGGAAGCUUCAUGGGAGUUUUACGGUUGUUUGGAAGGGUCACCAAAAUUGGAGCCACCCCCAAUCUCCCCAAAUAUGGCAUUUCUGUGAAAUUGGACCGUUUGACCAAGGCCACUGAAGUACAAUCUCUUGGUUUCUUUAUUAUUGAGAAUAAAACAGCGAGGUAUAUAAAGCAUAUAUUAGCGCAAAGUGCAGGAGGAAUUCAGCAUCUGAGGAGAGUAUAGGCAGGCAACAUUUCAACUCAGGAUUUUGAAGACCCAAAUGUCAUCUGUCCAUUCCCUCCACAGAUGCUGCCUGAUUUGCUGAGUUUCUCCAGCACUUUGUGUAUUGCUAAAGAUUCCCCCAUCUCGCAGAACCUAAUGUCGUUUUAAAUGCAAAUCUAUCCACUUGCACAGAUGGAGUGUUUGUUGCAAUUUCUUAGUCUAUCCUGUCAAUCUGGUCUCUGAUAAGGCCAGAAUGAAAUUGAUAAUUUUUUUAAUCCAAAUAAUGAAAGGGUGGACAAUCAGAAUCUUCUUCCCAGGGUGGAAAUGUUGAAGACUAGAGGGCAUAGCUUUAAGUUGAGAGGGGCAAAGCUUAAAGGAGAUGUGCGGGGCAUUUUCACACACACACACGAUUAGAACAUACUGCCACAGAAAUAGGAAGAUAUGAUAGUGGCAUUUAAGAGGCUUUUGGAAAAGCACAGAGAUAUUGAUCAUGUGCAGGCAGAUGAGGUUAGUUUAUCUUGGCAUCGUGUUGGACAUGGACCCAGUGGGCCCACGAGCCUGUUCUUGUGUUUCAUUGUUCUAUUGCCUCCAGCCUUUGAGUCCAGUGGGUCCAUUAAAACUCCCAUCGAGGACUGUCCUUCAUUCCCAAGCUGUAGCUCUAAAGUAGUGGAAAGUAACAGCAAGUAACAACAAUGGGUGGCUCGUGGAGCUGCUGCCUCACAGCGUCAGAGAUCUGGGUUCAAUCCCAACCUCGUGUAUCGUCCAUGUGGAGUUUGCACGUUUUCCCUGCGACCGCGUGGGUUUCCCCCGACAUCUAGAUUAAUUGGCCCUCUGUAAAAUUGCCCCUAAAAAUGCCAUAACAAAGAAAACAGUUGGCUCUUUCUGGUGGCAACUUCAAGCCCCUAGGUCAAUGCAUCAUGCAUCUUACUUCUCUGAUAGUUUGUAAUUUUUCCAUUAUUAUUAGUAGAGUUAGAUGACCAGUGGAUCUAAUACUCCAGCAGCACCCUCUUUAAUUAACCAACCACCUGCAUUCAGUAGAAACAAAGGAACUGCAGGUGCUGGUCGACACAAAAGGACACAAAGGGCUGGAGUAACUCAAUGGGUCAGGCAGCAUUUCUGGAGAACAUGGAUAGAUGAUUUUUGGGUCAGGACCCUUCUUCCUUCCCUGGUUAAGAUGAAACCUUGCAAAACUCAACACCAAAUUGUUCUGGUGGAUUGAUUUAUCUUAUAGGGACUAAUGUAGUGGGAAAGUGAAGUGACGAGUCUUGCUGCCAACUGGGUGGUAGACAUGGUUAGGUUUAUUAUUGUCAUGUAUACCGAGGUCCAGUAAAAUGCUUUGCUUUGCAUGGUAUUCAAGCAAUUCAGAUAAUACCAUACAUAAUAAUGUACAAUGGGUAGAGCAAAGGGGAAGACACAGUGCAGAAUGUAGUUCUCAGCAUUGCAGCGUAUCAGUUCCAUAGACAAAGUCCAAUGUCAGCAACGGGGUAGAGGUGAAUCAGACAGUACCCUAGCUUAUGGAAGGGCCAUUCAGAAGCUUGAUAACUGAAGGGCCAAAUGUGUUGCCGAGACUGGUGGUGCGCGCUUUCAAGCUUAUGUUCCACCUGCUAUAGAUUAUGCUAUUGAUUAUGUUUUUUCUGCUUUUCAAAGGCAGCGUGAAGUGUAGAUUGAGUCAGACUUCAAAUCGGAUAAUACCAAACAUAAAUACAAUCGCCAGACGCAAGUACAGUAGCUGGAGCAAAGGGGGUGACAGUGCAGAAUAUAGUUGUCAGCAUUCUAGCGCAACAGUUGCAUUGUAGUGCAUUAUCCAGAGACAAUGUCCACAAUGGGGUGGAGGUGAAUAGGACAGUAUUAGUGCUUAAUUAGUGUUAGCGAUGUGGUUAGUCUGUUACUAUUUAAACGGACUCAAGACAUGCACUUCUGUGCAAAUUUACAUUUAAUUUUACACUCCAUUUCGUGUAAACAUGUAGGACAUUUGAAUUAUGACACUCCUUUCAUUUUUUUUCGCAAUGGGAAGUGUUGGAAAGGGGGGGGGGUAUUCGAACAGAGCGGAGACAGUGUGUGUUUGAGAUCCUCCCACGGCCUCGCUACUUUCUCUUCCGCGACCACCGGUGAUCUUAACGCGCUCUCACUUCACAGAGAGCCGAUGACAGGGCGGGCGGGCUAUGUGCAGUUAUUCCAUCCCGUUUGACUCCUCCGUAAACCAUAAUUAAAAUGUACAGAUUUGUAACAUUUUCAAAGUCAUUUGAACAUUUUAUAGGGAAAGAUUUUAUAAGAAUCUGAAGGGUAUUUUUUUUCGCACGAAGGGUGGUGGGUGUAUGGAACGAACUGCCAGUCGAAGUAGUUGAGGCAGGAACUAUCGCAACGUUUAGACAGUUACAUGGAUAGACUGGUUCAGAGAAAUAUGGGCCAAACGCAGGCAGGUGCAGGUGGGAUAAGUGUAGAUGGGACAUGUUGGUCGGUGUGGGCAAGUUGGGCCAAAGGCGCUGUUUCCAUGACAUUGAACUAUUCUAUUGAGAAAGGAAUGUAUUCUUAAAACUGCUGUUGAUGACUACUUCAAGUAUUUUCAUACAGUUUAAACCGUCUUUAACACCCCAUGAAGUGCUGUAUGUAUAUAGAUAGAUGAUUCUAUUCACUAUGUAGUGGAAUCGAUUCUUUUUUCUGCAAGAUUGAGAUAUGUUUAUCUGGCGCGGGUUUAUAAGCUUUUAUAAUGUUUGGAAACGGUGUCCCUCAUUUACAAUAAAACGCCUGGGUAGAGAA